AUGGCCACUGUUUUGGCUCAAGUGGAGGCGUGCCUCAAUUCUCGACCGCUGUCCGUGAUCACCAACGAUUCAGAAAACAUCACUGUGUUGACUCCAGGACAUUUCUUGAUUGGGGAACCGCUGGUAGCGGCACCUGAUCGUGACUACCAAUCUUCCAACGUUAGCUCGCUAAGAAGAUGGCAACACACACAACGGAUGUUGCAAGAGUUUUGGCAGCAAUGGUCAAAAGAAUAUUUAGUAAAGUUUUUACACAGAUAUAGAUGGUCAACUCAGCAAGCGCAGGUCGGCAUCAAUGACAUAGUGGUUGUUAAGGAGGAUGGCGGGUCUCACCGGGGAGGGAGUGAUAACGUGUGCUCUGCUAGGCGGACCGCUUGGCUUCGCACCGAGCCAGCCCAACGGGGUGAGCAGCCAAGUAUGGCUCCCCCAACAGCCGGCGUAACGAAGCGCCGAGCGCGCACUUUCGUGCGCAGCCGCGCCGUCACGACGCCGAUCGCCGCCACCGUACCGCCGCCUCCGCCCCGCCUUAUUGAUACGGGCCUUCGACUGUCCCCGUUCCCGCUGCCACUGCCCCGACUUCCGAGGACAUGGGCCGCGGAAAAGAGGACCACGACGCCGCCUGAGCGCCGUCCACCGCAGCCCGUGGUGAGGACCACGCCGCCCGCAGCACUCUCCAUGCCCCUGUUGGACAUGGAGACAACACCGCCGCGCCAAUACGCGGCCACAAAUCCAUUUUCGCCGCUCUCCACGCCCCAGCCGGUCAUGGAGACAACACCGCCGCGCUCUUACGCGGCGGUGUUAAACACGAAUCCCGAGUCGCCGCCGCACGCGCCUCCGCGCUUGUCGCUCCGGACGGCGCCUACACCAUCGCCGAAGCCCGUGAGACUCCAGCCGCCGCUCGCACCCGCGAGCAAAAAGAUCCCGCCCAUCGUGGUCGACCGGCUGCCUGACUGGCCCCACCACCUCCGCAAGCUGCGGGAGUUGCUGGGCCACAUCCCCAACGCGCGCCCAGCCACGGGACUCUCCUGGUUUGCGUACGCCCCACCGGCGGAGCGCUCACUGAAGCUGGCCAUCCGUGGCCUACCCAUGGAUACCGACGUUGCUGAGUUGGGGGAGGAGCUGCGCGCCCGCGGCUUCGACCCACAGUUCAUCCGCCCCAUCCAGGCUCGCGAGGGAAGGACAGGCUGCCUCUUCUUCGCGGAGAUCCGUAGGACGCUGGGAUUCCAGCGUGUCUAUGAGAUCUCCGAGCUCCUCUGCAUGCCCGGCGUCAAGGUCGAGGCAUGGAGGGGACGAAGAGGAGCAGCGCAGUGCCACCGCUGCCAGCAGUUCCGGCAUAGCAGCCAUAACUGCCACCGCCCUGCCGCCUGUGUCCGUUGUGGUGAAAACCAUACGGCCAAGGAGUGCCUGCGCCCCCGGGAAGUUCCGGCAACCUGCGUGAACUGCGGGGGAACACACCCGGCGAACAGCUCUUCCUGCCCGGUCAAGUUACGCGAGCUGCGUAACACCAAGGCGUGUGCGGCGCCCAUGACCGGCGCAAGAAGAGCCGCUCCACCAGCAGCCUCCACUGUGGACCCCAACAUCGAGCCGACCGCGCGGAGCUCGCUUAUGGCCGCGGCGAACGGCCCAGCCGGGCCCAAGCCGCAGAGACCUAAGCGCAUCCGCAAGGGGGCAAAACCGGCCCCCACUGCCACCACCAUCGUCGAGCAGCAGCCAGCGCCAACUCCGACGCCGAACCAAGCGGUCGCCGCCCCUACCAAGGGGAAGAAGGCGAAGCCCCGCGCGGAGAUACCACCGGCCCCCUCCAGUGAGAAGCUGGAAGUACUGGAGCAGACUAUCCAGCUGCUCCACAACUUGCCAAAUCGACAAGCAACAGUGUCGAUAGACCGCCUGAAACCGGCCUACAUUCUCAAUGAAGACGAACCGACCGAAGAUACGACUACACCUGCAUCGCCUGAGAAGAACGCUCAUCAUACCAGUCCUCCACCAUCGAAUCGACCUACAUCGAGCACAGAAGAGAAGAAGACGCAGUCUGGCCGCAUUGUCAAGAGGCCGGUACGCUUCGCUUGA